AUGUACUAUUAAUUCUGUAAAGAGAUCCAAUAAGAAAUUAAUUUUCUUUUUAGUAAUUCUUGUGUGCUUUUGCCUCAUCAAGAUCCUAUCGUGUCUCCGAGACCAUAACAUGAAGAAUAUGCACUUUCCUAGAGAACAAGAUCCAAGAACACCAAAAUAUGAAGAGAUUGAAAACAAGCAAAAUAAUGUUUUUGAGGAGUACAUAAAAAUCAGACUAAGUGUCUCGAAUGUGUUUUUUAUUGAAAGUACAUGUAGUAAAUCGAAUGUGUUAAAAGAAAACCAAAUCAAUAGCAAAAUGAUGACGCUUAACCCUCGGCAAGCUUGUGCUGUGGAAUCUGCUGCCAUCACCAACCCCGACAGACCAAUAUACAUUCUAUACACUUGUCCUAUCUCUGACGAUUUCAUAUCUUACUCCCCAAACUUUGUCAAAGCUCUUUUUGUUUACAAGAAUGUUAAAAUUGUUCGCUUGAAUGCUGAAAAAGUCUUUGAACACACCAUGUUGAGACAACUAUACGAAACUAAUAGAGUGGAACGUUCAGACUACCCAGUAGAAACGUUCAGUGAUCUUCUAAGAGUUGCUGUGCUUUGUAGAUUUGGUGGUACUUAUCUAGACCUGGAUACCAUAACAAUCAAGUCAUUGAAUGACUUAGGCUCUAACUACAUCGGACUUGAAAGUUCAAAAUCCAUCAACGGAGCAGUGAUAAACGUUGAACCGUUUGGUGAUGGACACAGUUUGAUGAAGUCUGUUAUUCAAUUCAUCAGUCGCAAUUUCGACAGCAAAGUCUGGGGUGCUAAUGGUCCCGAUGCUUUGACUUGCGUCAUCCUACAAAAAUGCGGCCUCAAGACUAUUAACAAGGCAAUACACAAGUGCAAAGCUAUACAUGUUUUGCCUCAAGAAGUAUUUUACCCUGUGAAUUUCAAAGAAAAGGAUUUACUUUUUAAUAAGGCAAUCGGACCUCAGUUGGUAAGUAAAAUAAAAAAAUCUUCAUAUAUUGUUCAUUUUUGGAACUAUCUCAGUCAUGGAAUUCACGUUGAUGUCAACUCCAAUCAAGCUUAUGGGCUUUUGGCUUCUGAAUUUUGUCCAAAGGUAGUGGAUUAUGUCGGUUCUAGUGUGUUCUAAAAAACUUAUCCUAGAUAAUAUUUAUAGCCUAGGUACUGAUAGCUUUAAUGUUUUUGAAAGAAACAUGUACAAGUGUUUGUUUUGUAAAAUUAAA